AUGAGAACCUUGGCAAAGGAAAAUUCAGCUUUGAACCGAUCUAAUUCAUUCACCUUCAAAGAUGCACAAAAACAAUGGCAAGAAAUAACCAGUAAUUUAAAUAGUGUUGCCAAAGGGUCCAAAAAAGAUUGGAAGCAGUGGCGUAAGACUUGGACAGAUAUUAAAAAAAAUACUAAAAGCAGAGCUGCAGAAAAUAGGAAGCAUUGUAUGAAAACUGGAGGUGGACCUCCUUUGAAAUUCAUGGAUGAAAGGGACAAUGAGGUGCUGAAUAUAAUUGGUACAGUGUCACAAGAGGGACAUAGGAGUGUAAAGGAAACCAAUGUGGAUUUCACGUUUCAAGAAACUGAUGAUGUCGAUAAUGAGGAUGAGAUUUUAGGCAGACAAUGUCAUACAUUGCUGGUACAAGUUGACGACAUCCAGGUAAUGGACUCACAGAUGACAGAUGAUAUAAAUGGGGACAUCAUGAAACAAAAGAAGCAAGAGCAAUCCGGUAUCGUUGAACCCCUAGAUGAAAUUCCUGAGAAAAGCAUUAAUUAUGAGAAUGAAAGAUCAAGUAAAAAACUAAGAAUGUCAAAAACAAAAAAAUUUGAAAGUUCCUAUAAAAUGAAUAAAGAUUUUCUUAAUGUCGUUGACCAAAGAAAAAACAUGGAGCAGACAUAUUAUGAAGCCAAAAUAGAAUUUAUGGAAGAAAGGAAAAAAUAUUUUAAAAAGAAGACUCAAAUUAUGAAAGAAGGAGUAGAAGUACUAAGGGACAUCAGAAAUAUAUUGCUCAGUUCCUCUGAACAGGAUCUUGCUGGAGAGUGA